UCUACUUUGAAUAAAAGACUGUUUGAAAAGAGCUUUUUACGUCUUCCUUUCAACUCUGAUUAUAAUACAUGUUAUUGUUUUACUUAAUAAAACUUGUGUAACAGUCAGGACAACAGUGCAUUCAAACCUCAACAAAGCAAUAAUAAGUGAACGAUUCAUGUCUAACGUUGGGUUACGGAAACGUAAAUCCAUAAAGUUAGGAAAGAAUCAGACAAUGAUUUCUGGUUUCCUGAUUUGUGCCAACACUUUAUUUAUUUUAGUGUAAAUAAUGUACCCCCUUUUUGCAUUUGUAAUAUCUUAGAAUCAAAGGUGUACUGGCGUCGUGGACUUUGUCCGAAAUUCUAUACUAGCAUGCUAUUUUUCAGAAUUGUUUGAUUUUUCAGAGGAAGUAUGUGAUAAUUUGAUGCGAAUAAAUAUGUGAAAUAUAUUUUUCCCGUGAAUGUCGCCGAAGACCCCUAAUUUGUAAUACUGUAAGUAUGUAAAUAUUGCAGUACUUUCAUCAGUAGGCCCUAGUCUCAAUCACCAGUGUCAACUUUUUCAGCGAUAGACUGAGACUUAACAGACAUUUAUUUAGACUUAAAUCUUCCGAGUUUGCCACUUGAAUAUAAAACCAAACUAAUGUAUAUUGUGUCGAUUAACCAGUGUGGGCUGCCGUAGUUUUGUAAUGGUUUCCUAGCAACCCAAACACAACUCGUGAACUAACGGCAGUUAAAACCAGCGAGUAACUACUCGGAUACAUUUACCAGCUAACUUUACGUGUGUUGGAUGUAAACCUACUGUUACUUAUGUAGAAUAAUAACAGUUUAGUUGAUGGUACUGAUGAAAACAUCGUAACUUUAUUCGCUAACGUUAGCUAGCUGUUAAAGGCUGCAGGAGAAGAUGAACCAAACUUUAUAUCCUCGCAUCUAUGUGGAGGAAACUCUGGCUCUCAUCAAACCAGAUGCCAUCCACAAAGCUGAGGAGAUUGAGGAUAUUAUCCUAAAAUCAGGCUUCACCAUCUUGCAGAAACGGAGGCUGCAGCUAAGUCCAGAGCAAUGCUGUGACUUCUACGCACACCUCUAUGGAAGGCUCUUCUUUCCCAGCUUGACUGCCUUCAUGAGCUCUGGCCCCAUCAUGGCCAUGACUCUGGCCCGUCACAACGCCAUCGCCCACUGGAGGUCCAUCAUCGGGCCUGUGAACCGCACCAAGGCCAGAGAAACUCAUCCAGAGUGCCUCAGAGCAAAAUACGGCACUUCUGAACUCAAAAACGCACUCCAUGGCAGCGAGUCAUUUCAUGCGGCUGAAAGAGAGAUCAAAUUCAUGUUCCCAAACUCGGUAAUUGAGCCCUUUCCCUCAAGAGAAGCCACCAAAGAAUACCUGAGCAAGCAUGUAAACCCAACUCUGCUCCUUGGACUCACUGAGCUCUGCAAGCAAAAGCCACACAACCCCUGUAUUUGGCUUGCUGACUGGCUGAUCAACAACGACCCAAACAAGCCUAAAAUAUGCGAUGGAGCCCCUGUAGAAGAGGCAGAAUGACAACAAAUACAUCAUUUAUAAACACAUGUAUCUAUUCAGUAAUAUGAUAAAAUAAAAUGUCUUUUCAGUGCUAAUCCUUUGCUAUGUUUGCUUUCUGG